AUGGAUUGGUAUUCUCAUCCCAAAGCAAAAGUUCGAGCUGCCGACUGGGGAAAACAAGAUGUCGCCGAGCUCAAGCGUAAACUUAUCACUGCGAACCACAUAUUGCACAACCAGGACGUUGUUGAUGCAUAUGGCCACAUCUCCGUACGACAUCCCCAGAACCGAGAUGUCUACAUCAUGUCUGGGUACAUGGCGCCCGCACUUGUCAAGAGCUCUGAUGACCUCAUUGAAUACUAUGUCAACGACUCGAGCACUGUUGACCCAAACGCCAAGAAAGGGUAUGCAGAGCGCUUCAUCCAUGGAGAAAUGUUUAGGGUAUAUCCCGAGGUCAACUGCGUGGUUCACAGUCACGCAGAAGCGGUUCUGCCCUACGUGGCUGCAGACGUGCGCAUGAUGGCGGUAUUCCACAUGGCAGGCUUUCUCGGCUCCGAAGUUCCCGUCUUCGAUGUAGGCCAGAUAUAUCAGCCGGGGGAUCAGCAGGACAUGCUCAUCCGCAACACACGUCUGGGCACGGCGCUCGCCAAGUACUUUUCCCGGAAUCCGCACCAAGAGGCGCCCUCGCUGGACCACACAGUCGUGCUGAUGAAACGCCAUGGAUACACGACGCACGGCGUGGAUAUCGAGACGGCCGUCUAUCGUGCCAUCUAUACCAAGAUUAAUGCCGGCGUGCAGUCGAAUGCGCUGCUCAUUGGCAACGUUCGAAACAGCGAGCACCCAGGUUCGUCUCCCAGCGCUCUGCCCAAGCCCAUGUCCCAGAAGAUGCUGGAGGACUGCGAAACCAUGAAUGAGGGCACUCAGGACAAGCCAUGGGCGCUCUGGGUGGCCGAGGUAGAGAACAAUAGCCUCUAUGUCAAUAAGGGCUAG